UCCCAAGCGCUUCUCGUUGUCGCCCAAGUCGCUUGCCCCGCCGCAGGGCGGCAUGAGCCCGCAGCUGCAGCCCUAGCGUCCUGGCUUCUCCACCCCGGCGGCCCGGCUGCGGUGACCGGUGCUUGCCACAGGGUUGGGGACCAUGAAGCCGAGUCCGGCCGGGACGGCGAGGGAGCUGGAGCUGCAGGCGCCGGCUCGGGGCGAGCAGCGCGCGGCGGAGCUCGAGGGGCGCUGGCGGGAGAAGGGCGAGGCUGACACGGAGCGGCAGCGCACCCGGGAGCGGCAGGAGGCCACACUGGCCGGGCUGGCGGAGCUGGAGUACCUGCGCCAGCGCCAGGAGCUGCUAGUCCGGGGCGCCCUGCGUAGCGCGGAGGGCUUGGGGGCCGUUGCGCCCCGCGCCGGGGAGCUGCCGGCGGAGGCGGCGCAGCGCAGCCGCCUGGAGGAGAAGUUCUUGGAGGAGAACAUUUUGCUGUUGCGGAAGCAAUUGAAUUGUUUGAGGAGACGAGAUGCUGGUUUGUUGAACCAGUUGCAAGAACUCGACAAGCAGAUAAGCGACCUAAGAUUGGAUGUGGAAAAGACAUCUGAAGAGCACCUGGAGACAGACAGCCGGCCUAGCUCAGGUUUUUAUGAGCUGAGUGAUGGUGCUUCAGGGUCCCUCUCCAAUUCCUCUAACUCGGUCUUCAGUGAGUGUUUAUCCAGUUGCCAUUCUAGUACCUGCUUUUGCAGCCCCUUGGAGGCAACUUUGACAGUCUCAGAUGGUUGCCCCAAAUCUGCAGAUCUCAUAGGAUGGUUGGAAUAUAAAGAAGGCCACUGUGAAGACCAGGCCUCAGGGGCAGUUUGCUGUUCCCCCUCCACACCACAAUUUAACUCCCUUGAUGUCAUUGCAGAUGUGAAUCCCAAGUACCAGUGUGAUCUGGUGUCUAAAAAUGGGAACGAUGUAUAUCGCUAUCCCAGUCCACUUCAUGCCGUGGCCGUGCAGAGCCCGAUGUUUCUUCUUUGUCUGACGGGGAACCCUCUGAGGGAAGAGGAGAGGCUUGGUCACCGUGCGAAUGACGUUUGUGUCGGAGCUGAGCUCGACUCCACCAAAACAGACAAUUCCUUACCAUCUCCAAGCACUUUGUGGUCGGCUUCCCACCCUUCAUCCGGUAAGAAAAUGGAUGGCUACAUUCUGAGCCUCAUCCAGAGAAAAACACACCCUGUAAGGACCAACAAACCUAGAACCAGUGUGAAUGCUGACCCCACAAAAGGGCUCCUGAGGAAUGGGAGCGUUUGUGUCAGAGUGACUGGUGGUGUCUCACAAGGCAACAGUGUGAACCUUAAGAAUUCUAAGCAGGCGUGUUUGCCGUCUGGUGGAAUACCCGCUUUGGACAAUGGGACAUUCUCCCCACUGAAGCAGUGGUCAAAAGAAUCAAAAGUGGAACAACUGGAAAGCAAGAGGUUGCCCUCUCCAGCGCGCUGCUCGCCAGGUGCUGUCACUGAACUUCCAAGUAAGCAUGUGCCAAAAAAUGUCAAAGCAGCCUCCCAAGAAAAUGCUUGGUGUCCUACUGGUGUGGCAGGGGAGUCCCCUAAAGAAAGUGGUCAGGUCUCAGCUGCCUCUCCAAAAGAGAGCCCUGGGACAGUCCCUGCCCCCCUGCAAGAGAGCAGGGUUGUCCAGCCACUGAAAAAGGUGUCACAGAAAAGCAGCCUGCAGGCUGUUCCUCCUCCUGCUGUUCCACUCCUGCCCUCCCUCCCUGUGGAAGAGAGGCCUGCCUUGGAUUUCAAAAGCGAGGGCUCUUCUUCCCAAAGCCUGGAGGAAGGGCAUCUGGUCAAUGCUCAAUUCAUCCCAGGGCAGCAGCCUAGCGUCAGGCCCCAUCGCGGCAUCAAGAACGCCGGAAUCCCCAAAAGCUCAACCCUAAAGCACAGAGUCCAGGCCCUUCACGGGGUGGAACACAGUCUGCCGACCGUGAGAGAGAAAAGCCGGGCAGUGAGCAAGAAGUGCCGGUUUCCCGAUGACCUGGAUACAAGUAAGAAACUCAAGAGAGCCUCCAACAAGGGGAGGAAGAGUGCAAAUGCCCAGCCUGAGGCGGGUCUUCCCAGUAGGCCCCUGGGCGGCGGCCACAGGGCUGUGAGCAGGUCCCAUGACCACGGACGCGAUGCGAUUGUGGCCAAACCUAAGCAUAAGCGAGUCGAUUAUCGGCGGUGGAAGUCGUCCGCUGAGAUUUCCUAUGAGGAGGCACUGAGAAGAGCCCGGAGAAACCGCAGGGAAAACGUGGGUGUGUAUGCAGCGCCGGUCCCUCUUCCAUAUGCAAGUCCCUACGCUUACGUAGCUAGUGACUCUGAGUAUUCGGCCGAGUGCGAGUCCCUGUUCCACUCCACCGUGGUGGACACCAGUGAGGACGAGCAGAGCAAUUACACCACGAAUUGCUUUGGGGACAGUGAGUCUAGCGUGAGUGAAGGGGAGUUUGUGGGGGAGAGCACAACCACCAGUGACUCUGAAGAAAGUGGGGGAUUAAUUUGGUCCCAGUUUGUCCAAACUCUCCCUAUUCAAACGGUCACAGCCCCAGACCUUCACAACAACCCCACAAAAACCUUUGUCAAAAUUAAAGCUUCUCAUAACCUCAAGAAGAAGAUCCUCCGCUUUAGGUCUGGCUCUUUGAAAUUGAUGACCACAGUUUGAGUAAAAUCAUUGAAGUCGAAAGUGUCUUCUUUAUAGCCACAGGAAAAAGGUGGUGUUUUUAUGUAAAACUUUCAUGGAAUGCUUUUUUGUUUUUAUUAAGAUAAAACUUAGGUAAAUUACGUCAUGUCUUCAUCAUGUACGGACAGUAGUGCUUCUAAUGGAAGGUAAAGAAUGUUGUGUUAGUUACAAGUGAAAAUAUUGAGGUUUUAAUGGUGGUGAGUUGAAUGAAUUUUGUGGUAUCAGCUGAUUUUUGUCUUACAUUUCCUGAACAUCCAUCAAGGUGUAGGCAGUCCCUGGAUUACCCACAAGUUCCAUUCCCAGAUCUGUCUGUAAGUGGAAUUUGUAGUAAGUCUGAACAGUUAGGUCUGGUUGGUAUCUAAUGCCAGUUAGUCAAAUGUUUGUCUUAGUAUAUAGUGUAUAGUGUACCUUUCUAUGCAUAAAAGACAAUAAAAGAAACUUCCAGGUACACUAAAACAUCUUUAGCAUAAUAAUACAGUAAAAAUGUUUUGACAUGUGUCACAAAGUAGCGCCCGUUAUUACAAACCAUUGUAUGUACCUCGAAUUUUUAAUGUAAUAGGCUUUACAGGGGCUGGUUUAUAACUAUGGGUUGUAUGUACGUCUGACGUUCAUAACCCAGGGACUGUCUUACAGGUUUUGAUGUUUUCUUCAGGUUUUUCUUAGGUUGAGGGAGACCUUUUGGUCUUGAGGUCAAUUGGAUUAAAUUUUAGGACUUAACAUUUGCUUCUUGAUCUUUAGGGCAAUGUUUUCCUAUCGGGGGGGAUCACACACAGUUGUGCGAAGUAGGUAAGACAGGUAGUCAUUGUUUUCUAUAAUUUUUUAUAUAAGUCUGCAUUCUUUCAGAUGUUUCACCCAUUCUGUUUUCUUUUCAGAAGGAUUCACUAAAACUUUUGCCGCACUUGGUGCCUAAGCCCUGGUAUCCCAUUCUAGGGCCAUUUACCCAACAUUUUGAAGCCUUUUUUCCCUUUCCCUAAUUUCCAGCAGAUCCAGCCAUUCCUCCCUUGGAGGACUUGCCUUUGAGAAAAAUUUUGGUCCUCGGAUACAAAGAAAUGCACUCCUAAUGUAGUAACCUUUGGGUGUGACUCCAGGCUCCGAAUUGCUCACUGAGCCCUCUGCCACCUAAGCUUUGGCCUAAACAUAUUAGUGCAAUCCAGUCCAGAUUGGACUGCUGACCCUGUCUGGAAGGGCUUUUUUUAGAAAGGAUUUUUUUUGUAAACAGUAUUGUGUAAAAAAAUUUUUUUAAUACCAAUAUAUGCAUGUUUUGUGCAUGAGUAGUACUCGUUUUGAUAUUCCUGUUGAUGUUAAAUUCCUGUAUGACAUAAGCAGUAUUUGUUUUUAUAUCAUUGUGUAAAUUUAAUAUAACAUGUUAUAUGCUGUAAUGAACUGUUUUACUGCUGUUAAGGUUGUUAUUUGAUUAUAAAACCAGAUGUUUACACCUGUAAAUCUUGUGUUGAUUAUUGGUGUUAUUUGUGAACUUUAUAUUAGGUCUAUUCUAGCAUUAGAAUAUUAUUUGCAAUAAUUAAGGCAAGUUUUGGUAGUAUUCUUGGAUUCAGUGGCGAGUAAGCAAAUGAGGAAAAGCAAGCCACUUUUUUUGGAAUAGUUAAGGUACUUCUUUAAAAUUUAGGGUAAAUUUGAUAGAUGGUUUCUAGGGAAAACAUUUAUGAGAAGAAUCCCCUCCCCCAACAUUUUAUUACAAAAAAUUUUAAACACAGAAUAGUUGAAAGGAUAGUACAAUAAACACCUAUAAACCCACCAACUGGAUUCAACAACUGCUAACAUUUUGCCAUGUUUGCUUUAACUCUUAUUGCUGGUUUCGUAGGUCAGAGACAGUCAGAUAUUGGCAGUCCCCCCACCACACACACACUGCUGUGCUAUUUUUAAAUUACAGGCAUCAUCAUGGCAUUUCACCCUAGAACUUAAUCGUGCAUUUCCUAAGAACCAGGACGUUCUGUGUAACAAUAUCAUGAUCACACCUAGGAAAAUUAACAGUAAUUCAUAAUAACCUGUGCCAUUGAGUCGAUUCCGACUCAGUAAUUCGUAAUACCAAACAUUUAAUCUAUAUUCAAAUUUUCCAGUUUAAGAAUUUUUAAAACGGCAUCUUCUUCUGCAACCGGGAUCCAAUUAAAGUUGUGUAUUGGGUUUGGUUGUUAGGUCUUUUUAGUCUAGAAUAGUCUC